AUGCGCGGCAUCCUUUCGUCUUCUGGUCUUUUAUGCUUUCUCACUUGUUUGCUGGCGGCAGUGGGUGUGGCAGCCUUCCAAGCGGAGCCGCGUUCCAUCGCGCAGGCCUGUCGGGGUGAGUUGCAGACUGAAUGUGUGGAGAAGCGGGCGGACUGUAUUGUUGAACACCUCGACGAAGUAAACAACGCGGUGUGUCGUGCUUGGAUAGAGGCGCGCACCGCCUGUGUAGAAUAUGUAAGGCUGCAUCGGGGCUGCAACAACGGUAACCAUCGCACGUGCAUCCGCGCAACCCCAAAGGAGGAACUGCCGCCACUCUGUUUUAAAUCGGCAUACUAUACGUCGCUCUUUCGGCACUUGCCGCGCCGGCUCCACUGA